AACUGAUAUUUUACCUCGUGGAAUACUGUUUAUUUUUUCAUGAGAAAAUCUUUGCUCUGCCGGACUAUGUUUCGACUCUUGUAGGUAUGGAUAUCUUUUUCACAGGUAAGCUUGUUCUUUCGUCAAAGCAUGCACUUUGUCUUGCAACGGCAUCUAACAAUGAGUUUCUUAUGUCUAAUUUUCCCUUAAUCCAGAUGGAGAUAGCACCAAACUCAAUCUACCUGGCGCAUAGGAUCUAGGGUUGCUUCUACUGACUGUUUUUGUGGACAGAGCCGCAGACUAGCUAUUAUAUUGCCUAUGUUAGCUAAUGAAUGUUUCUGUUAGAAGCAACCCGCAAUGGUAGACAUAUAGCACAUGACAGGGCAUCAUGUGUUUAAUGUUGGUUGCUUGUGUCUUAGCUUCAGUUGAGAAGUAUUGUGUGUCAUGGGAAGAUUUCCCUCUCAUGUGUUGUCUGUACUGAUUUUGGUUGGUGAGGUUUGUGUAUAAGCCACUUUUUCUUUCUUCCAGAGGCAAGGCUUCCUUAUGUUGAAAAUACAUGUAUCUGGCUGAAACCAAUUGAUGACAAUAAGAGCAGGAGCAAAGGCAAUCAGAAAAGGUGUAAUGACAAGGAGGAGGAAUAAAGCAAGCAUUUGGAAGAACUCUGCUGGGUACUAAAGAGGAGAUACGAACUCUGCUUGGCUGGGCAUAAAGAGUCGAAAGAAUUUUCCAACCUGUUUUCAGUACUCGCAUACAUCAUAAAAACUGGGUUCAGAGGAAGGAAAGCUGGAGUUGGUCAAUGCGGGCCAAAAUGUGUUGUGCUGUGUAUCCACAAGAAAAGGUCACUGCACUACAGAGUUCACUUGUGUGAGUGAGAUGCCAGUUGGCAGAGCAGAGGAAAAUUCUGCAUUGAGCAUUUGAGCUGAAGCAGAAGCACAUGGCAGGUUGCCUUGGGUACAAGGCAGAGACAUGUGUCGAUGGGGUCACAAGAGCAUCCAGCAAGCAAUGCAAAGUGCAAGCAAAGUCCCGCGUCACUCACUGGUAGACACCCACUCGACUCUACUCGAACAAGGCGGGCAUCUUCUCAUCUUUAUAAAGGAAUGGGAGAACCUGCAGGCAGAGCACCCCGUCUGAUCGGCCUCCACGGCUCCAGCUCCAGCUCCAGCAAGAUGGGAGCUCAGUCACCGGCGUCGCUGCUGCUCUUCUCCAUGGGGCUUGUGCUCCUCUGCUUCACCUCAGCAGGUGUCGCGGAUGCGCAGAAGACGUGGUGCGUCGCCAAGCCCUCGGCCUCCAACCAGGUCCUGCUGCUGAACCUCAACUACGCGUGCUCCCAGGUGAGCUGCGCCGUGAUCCAGAAGGGCGGGCCGUGCUACUACCCGGACAACCUGGUGUCCCGCGCCGCCGUCGCCAUGAACCUCUACUACGCCGCCAACGGCAGGCACCCCUGGAACUGCUACUUCAACAACUCGGCGCUCGUGGUGCGGUCCGAUCCCAGCUACGGAUCCUGCACCUACUACUAGUAGAUGAUCACCGCCUACUUCUCUUGCAACUGCUGGAUGGAACGGAGCACCAGUUCCAAGCAAUGUUGCUGUCCUGUGUCCAACUUACUGCUGCUACUGCUGUAGUAGUAGCUGAACUGAAACUGUGCUGCAGCUGAUGCUGAGAGUGCCAUAAGCCCAUAACAUGCACGAUCACCAGCUCAUAUAUACUACAGUAUAAGCUUGGAGAUUGGUUGGUUUCCGAUGACUUGAUCAUUUGUUAUUUGUUUCGUAAUUAAUACUUUAAAAUAUAUCAGAGUCUGCCUUGUCAUUCA